AUGGAAUAUAGUAAUAAGCCCUCGCCAUGGGAAAAAGCAAUCGAAAAACUGCCCGCCCAAAGUCAAAAAGAGUUCGACUUUCAUAAUUCGGAUGGUCUUCUCAAGGUCCUUGAUGAUGUUUUGAAAGCUACUAACACAGCGAGAGAGACCUGCCAGGAGAAAAUGUGGAAAAUUUCGUGGAAAGGAAAGAAUAUUGUCCUCCGAGAUAUCGCGGACAAGACAAUUGAAUGGGUCAAUAAAUUCAAGACACUGGGAAAUGUCAUUGCUCAAGGCGAUCCAGUUCAUGCUGCGAUACCCUGGUUUAUUAUCAAGGACCACCAAAAGAUGGGCGAGAUGUUAGUGGGGAUCGAGGUAAUUACGAACCUUAUGGGAAGAUGUGCCAUAUACGAGGAGUUAUAUCUCGGGACUAGCUUCGAUACUGCACAACGGGUAGAAGAAGCCUUGGUUGCGCUAUAUGCCGAUAUGUUGACUUAUAUGAUCAACGCUAAGCAUUACUAUGCCGAAAAUACUAUCGUCCGCAUUGCAUGGGGUGUUUUAGAUACCGAUGGACCAGCAGAAGCUUUGACAGCACUUCAGGCAAAAGAGUCUAAAGUCUUUGAGGAGUCACAUCUCGCGGGAGCCAAAAAUCAGAGCGCUGCAAACAUGAUAGCUGAAGAAAGGUACAAAGAACUUCAGAUGCUACUGAAUGAAUUCAAAAUGCCUAUUGUAAGGAUCGAAAGAGAUCUGGAAAUUCUUGUCGAUGGAUUGGAAGUUUCCAAACGAAAAGCGAUACUCGAUUGGAUAUCGAAAACUCCAUAUACAAAAUAUCAUCGAACUGCAAAAAAAAAUCGGACGGAAGGAACUUGUGAUGCCUCGGGUCUUCUGUGGCUACGUGGUGAUCCUGGUGCGGGGAAAACACCACUCACCUCAAUGGUGGUAGACACCAUAGAUCAAAAACAAAAUUUGUCGAGAAGCGAUGAAAACCUUGCCUACUUCUAUUGCAAACGAGGCGAGGGUUUGUUAAAUGACCCAACAGAAAUCAUGCGAUCCAUAUUAAGACAAUUGUCUUUCAAAGGCCCCGAAAAUGCUUUACAGGAACCUGUAGUUGCAGAAUAUAAGAAGAGCACAGCUGGAAAGACCCUUGAUGAUGGACCAGGAAUUAAAAAUGCUAGAAACGACGACGACAUCAAAAUUCGGUUUGAAAGUGCGCCGAAUAUCUAUAUAGAGGAGACGGAUAACGCCAUGGAUAUUAGACGGUACAUCAAUGAAGAGCUGAGUGGGUGCAUUGCAGGUGGGAGGUUGUUGCGAGGUAAAGUUGAGGGCUCUUUAAAGGAGCUUAUAAUCUCCAAAUUGCUCGAGAAGGCUCGCGGAAUGUUCUUGUGGGUAGAGCUGCAGAUUAAAGAACUUUGUGCUCUGAGUCUCGAGAAAGACGUCAGGGAAAUGUUGGACAACUUUCCAAGCUCCCUCGAAGAAACAUAUAAAGAUAUCUAUGAGCGUAUACAGCGCAAGAAGGGGACCGCUCCCAAGAUCGCAAAAUCGCACUCAUAUGUAAACGCUCAGGGUGGUCGCUAUGGCAAUGCACUACAGGCAGCGGCCUACAACGGGCAUGAGAAGAUCGUGCAGAUGCUGCUGGACAGAGGGGCAGAUGUAAACGCUCAGGGUGGUCUCUAUGGCAAUACACUACAGGCAGCGGCCUCCUUGGGGCGUGAGAAGGUCGUGCAGAUGCUGCUGGACAGAGGGGCAGAUGUAAACGCUCAGGGUGGUCUCUAUCGUAAUGCACUACAGGCAGCGACCCGUAGUAAAUACGAAAAGAUCGUGGAGAUGCUGCUGGCCAGAGGGGCAAUAUCUAAUGAACAUGAAACACCGCAAACCUCAGACGAAGAAAGCCUUUCGGAAACACAGCAAACCUCAGAAGAAGAAAGCCUUUCGGAAACAGAGCAAACCUCAGACGAAGAAAGCCUUUCGGAGUGA